AUGAAAUCGAUGCUGAUUUCUGCUCCACACUUUUGUUUCAUUUCAGCACCACUACGUGCAAGUUUCAUUGAUAUUCAUCCGAAUGCAAAAUGGAAACAGAAUGGUUUUACUGUUGCUGGAGGAAAUGGAUCAGGCAGUGGAAUCAAUCAACUCGAUCGCCCAUGGGGUUUGUGCGUCGACGAUGAUGCUCAAACGAUUUAUAUUGCUGAUACCUAUAAUCACCGUAUUGUAGAAUGGAAAUGUGGUGUGACGUAUGGCCUAGUGGUUGCCGGUGGAAAUGGAAACGGAAAUGAAGUUUAUCAGUUAAACUAUACAGGAGAUGUUAUUGUAGACAUCAAGAGAGAUAGCCUCAUCAUAAGCGAUUACGAAAAUAAAAGAGUAGUCCGAUGGCCUCGUCGAAAUGGUACUAGUGGAGAAACAAUCAUCUCAAAUAUUUCUUGCCGAGGUUUGACAAUGGACGAGGAUGGUUCUCUCUAUGUCGUCGACGAUGAAAAACAUGAAGUGAGACGAUAUACAAUUGGUGACACUGAAGGAACAGUAGUUGCAGGUGGCAAUGGAAGCGGAAAUCAUCUCAAUCAACUUUCUAAACCUCGCUACAUAUUCGUCGAUCAAGAUCAUUCAGUAUACGUGUCUGACUGUGAAAAUCAUCGUGUAAUGAAAUGGGUGGCAGGUGCAAACGAAGGCAUUGUCGUAGCCGGUGGUCAAGAAGAAGGAAAUAGUCUUACAAAAUUGGCAGGUCCUUAUGGAGUCGUUGUAGAUCAAUUGGAAACUGUCUAUGUGGCUGAUUGUUGGAAUAAUCGAAUCAUGCGUUGGCCAAAAGGAGUCAAACAGGGAAAUGUUAUUGCUGGCGGAAACGGUGAAGGAAUACAGUCGAAUCAACUCAAAUAUCCUGUUGGUUUAUCAUUUGAUCUACUUGGCAAUCUCUAUGUCGUCGAUCGCGAUAAUAAUCGAGUGCAAAGAUUUAAUAUUGAACAAACUCAGAACGAUGAUUAA